AUGCGAUGCGGUCACGCACCUUUCUACGACGAAGCACAGAUGGAGAUGUACAAAAAGAUUGUUGAGGGCCGACUUGUGUUCCCGACGCACUUCAAGUCAGACGAGCGUUCUAUCAUCUCCGGUUUCCUAACGAGUGAUUUAACAAAGCGAUUAGGUAACAUGAGGAGCGGAGUCUUAGAGAUCAAGAAACACCCAUUCUUUAAGUCCAUCGAUUGGCAAGCCAUGUACGCGAAGAAGGUGAUAUCCCCUUACAUCCCCAAAACUUCGGGCGAAGGGGAUGACAGUAAUUUCGACAAGUACGAUGAGGAGCCUAUCAAGUGGCACGGCACCGGCACAGACCCAUACGCUGAGAUAUUUAAGAACUUCUAA